AUGUUGUGGUUGCGAGGUGAUUUUCUCAGUGGGACCUUACAGGAUGCUUUCUUGGCGAGUGAGCAUCACUCUGCAGCCGACAUUUGCCGGGCUGCUCAUGGGCGCUUCGCUCAGAAGCUGAUGAAAGACUUAUUUACCAACUGCACCAAUGCUCUGCGGCCGGUGGAGGACACCGACUACAUCAUCAAUGUCACAUUACAGGCCACUCUCUCCCAGAUCAUUGACAUGGAUGAGCGGAACCAGAUCCUGACCACCUACCUGUGGGUCCGCCAGGUAUGGAUGGAUGCCUUUCUCACAUGGAAGAAGGAGGACUAUGAUGGCCUUGACACCAUCCGCAUACCCAGCAGCUACGUUUGGAGACCUGAUAUUGUUCUGUAUAACAGUGCAGAUGAUGAGUUCUCCAGCUCCAUGGAGACCAAUGUUGUUCUCCGUAACGAUGGCCAAGUCAUGUGGGACCAGCCAGCCAUCACCAAAAGCUCCUGCUCUGUUGAUGUGGCCUUCUUCCCCUUCGAUGUGCAGCAGUGUGACCUAACCUUUGGCUCCUGGACUCACAACGGAAACCAGAUGGAUUUGUUCAACGCCGACUUGGCCGACUUUGUCCCCAAUGUGGAGUGGGAGGUUCUGGGAAUGCCAGCCAAGAAAAAUGUCAUCUUGUAUGGCUGCUGCUCAGAGCCAUACCCAGACAUUACCUUUUCCCUCCACCUGAAGAGGCGGGCCUCCUUCUACAUCUUCAACCUCCUCAUUCCUUGCAUGAUGAUCUCCUUUCUGGCUCCGCUGGGCUUUUACCUGCCAGCGGAUUCAGGUGAAAAGGUUUCUCUGGGUGUCACAGUGCUGCUGGCCCUCACCGUGUUUCAGCUGCUCGUAGCUGAGAGCAUGCCACCCUCUGAGAGCAUCCCGCUUAUAGGAAAGUACUACAUUGCCACCAUGACCAUGGUCACUGCAUCAACAGCGCUCACCAUCUUCAUCAUGAACAUCCACCACUGUGGCGGGGAGGCUCGUCCCGUGCCUGAAUGGGCCGAGCGCUUCAUCCUCAAGUACCUCGCUCGCAUCUGCUUCGUGUACGAGGUGGGUGAGAACUGCCUCGGUGGAGCCAGGAAAGAACCUUUAUCACAGGAGGGGUCUGACAGCCCAUCAGCCAAUGGAGGCAGCACCAAAGGAGCAAAUUGGGAUGUCAAUGGGAAGGCGUGGGGAGGAAAGGUGGAGGUGGAGCCUCUGAAGGUGGAGCAGGAAGUAACCAACCAGACAGACUGGAAAGAGGAUCUGUUUGUGACCAUUGACCACUCACAGGAGAAAGGAGCUGCUGGAGUGCGAGGGGAGGAAUCAAACUGUGGUGUUGAGGGAGGAGGUGGAGCUGGGGGGAACAGGAGGGAGAUCUUGGUGAGGUGUUUAUGCCAACACCAGGAACUGGGCAAGAAUGUUGAAUACAUUGCCAACUCCUACCAGGACCAGCGAGCAGCACAGCUGCGCAUCGGCGAGUGGAGGAAGGUCGCCAAGGUCAUGGAUCGCUUCUUCAUGUGGCUCUUCUUCAUCAUGGUCUUCUUCAUGAGCAUCCUCAUCCUGGGAAAGUCCGUCUGAUGGAGCUUAGCCUAAGAAUUCAUGA